CCAAAUGAAAUGAUCGCAUGACUUAAAACCAUUAAGUUAGAAAUUUAACUCGAAUGGCUGCCACUACCUUGCUGUUCAUCGCUGCAUUCUUAUUCUAUUGCCUACACCCUACAGAGGCACAAAUUGGAGUAUGUUAUGGAAAGAUCGGAGACAACUUACCAUCUUCACAAGAUGUUGUGAACUUAUACAAAUCCAAUGGCAUAAAAGCAAUGAGACUCUAUUUUCCUGAUCAAGAUACUCUUCAAGCCUUACAAGGAACAAACAUCGAGCUGAUGUUAGGAGUCGCGAAUGAGAAUAUUGAGUCCUUAGCAUCAUGUUCGUGUGCUGCGAAAAGAUGGGUCCGAAGAAAUGUCCUCCCUUUUGGAUCAUUGAUCAAGUACGUUGUGGUGGGGAAUGAAAUUAACCCAUCUGAUAAACAAGCCUCGUCAGUCUUACCAGCAAUGCAAAAUAUUAUAUAUGCAUUAAACGCGUCUCAAAAUUCAAAUAACUUAAACGAUGAAAUUAAGGUUUCUACGGCCAUUAAUACAAACUUAAUUAAAAACUCGUACCCCCCAUCUAAUGGCCAAUUUCAAGACCUGUCAUAUAUUACCCCAAUAAUAGACUUUUUGAAUAGUAACGACUCGCCUUUGUUAGUUAAUAUUUACCCUUACUUUGCUUACAUCAACGACACACAACAUAUUUCACUUGACUAUGCGUUAUUUAACGCCCCUGAAGUUGUUUUCACCGAUCCUAACAACGGGUUGGACUACAAAAAUUUAUUGGAUGCAAUGGUGGAUUCAGUGUACGCGGCUCUACGGAAGGCAGGAGCGAACCACCCUCGUGUCAUCGUGUCGGAGAGUGGAUGGCCAUCUCGCGGUGGCUCUGCUGCUACAAUGGACAAUGCAAAGGCCUACUAUGAAAACUUGGCCAAUCAUGUGAAGCAGGGGACUCCUUUGAUGGCAGGGCAGCCUAUUGAGACGUACUUGUUCGCGAUGUUUGAUGAGAAUCAAAAACAAGGGGCUAGUAGUGAACGCAAUUUUGGGAUUUUCUAUCCAAAUCAACAAUCUAAGUAUGGACAACUCAACUUCUAAAUGUACACUAUAUGCUUAGAGUAUAAAUAAAAUGUUUGGUUACCAAUUUAUGUUAAAUCUUGGCAUCUAUAUAAACAUUAAUGCUUGAAUAGA